AUGCAUUUCUUUGAUUUGGAAAAAUAUUUGCUUUUUCUGUCUCUGUCCACAUUUUGUAUUUUCUACUUUCUUUCUCUUUUACCUGCCCUCUCCUUCCUCCUUAUUAUUCCACUCUAUCUGCCCUCUCCUACCUCCUCAUUAUUCCUCUAUAUAAGGCCUCUCCUUCCUCCUUAUUAUUCCACUCUAUCUGCCCUCUCCUUCCUCCUUAUUAUUCCUCACUAUCUGCCCUCUCCUUCCUCCUUAUUAUUCCUCUCUAUCUGCCCUCUCCUUCCUCCUUAUUAUUCCACUCUAUCUGCCCUCUCCUUCCUCCUUAUUAUUCCUCUCGAUCUGCCCUCUCCUUCCUCCUUAUUAUUCCUCUCUAUCUGCCCUCUACUUCCUCCUUAUUAUUCCUCUCUAUCUGCCCUCUCCUUCCUCCUUAUUAUUCCUCUCUAUCUGCCCUCUCCUUCCUCCUUAUUAUUCCUCUCUAUCUGCCCUCUCCUUCCUCCUCAUUAUUCCUCUCUACCUGCCCACUCCUUCCUCCUCAUUAUUCCUCUCUAUCUGCCCUCUCCUUCCUCCCUAUUAUUCCUCUCUAUCUGCCCUCUCCUUCCUCCUCAUUAUUCCUGUCUAUCUGCCCUCUCUCCUUCCUCCUUAUUAUUCCACUCUAUCUGCCCUCUCCUUCCUCCUUAUUAUUCCACUCUAUCUGCCCUCUCCUUCCUCCUUAUUAUUCCUCUCGAUCUGCCCUCUCCUUCCUCCUUAUUAUUCCCUCUAUCUGCCUCUCCUUCCUCCUUAUUAUUCCUCUCUAUCUGCCCUCUACUUCCUCCUUAUUAUUCCUCUCUAUCUGCCCUCUCCUUCCUCCUUAUUAUUCCACUGUAUCUGCCCUCUCCUUCCUCCUUAUUAUUCCACUCUAUCUGCCCUCUCCUUCCUCCUUAUUAUUCCACUGUAUCUGCCCUCUCCUUCCUCCUUAUUAUUCCUCUCUAUCUGCCCUCUCCUUCCUCCUUAUUAUUCCUCUCUAUCUGCCCUCUCCUUCCUCCUUAUUAUUCCUCUCUAUCUGCCCUCUCCUUCCUCCUCAUUAUUCCUCUCUACCUGCCCACUCCUUCCUCCUCAUUAUUCCUCUCUAUCUGCCUCUACUUCCUCCCUAUUAUUCCUCUCUAUCUGCCCUCUCCUUCCUCCUUAUUAUUCCUCUCUAUCUGCCCUCUCCAUCCUCCUUAUUAUUCCACUCUAUCUGCCCUCUCCUUCCUCCUCAUUAUUCCUCUCUACCUGCCCACUCCUUCCUCCUCAUUAUUCCUCUCUAUCUGCCCUCUCCUUCCUCCCUAUUAUUCCUCUCUAUCUGACCUCUCCUUCCUCCUUAUUAUUCCUCUCUAUCUGCCCUCUCCUUCCUCCUGA